GUAUUCCUCUUUGAAGUUAACAUUGUGAAGAGAACCACUCGAUCAUCAUAUUCUGUGCUGGUCAUUUAGUUGUGUUCUGUUCGUCUUCCAGCGUGGAUACUGUAUUUCCCUAAAUGCCAUUAAUUUGGUGUAUUUUACAAAAAAUAUUCAGUGAUCCUAGUUCUUAGAUCCUUUUUCUAGUUUCCCGCCAAAAAUGCAUUUUUCAGUGGUUUACGCAACUCUUCUAGUGAUACUAAUUGGCCAGGCAUGUGGAAAAGUUUUUCCUGUUGGUGUGCAAUUUGACUAUGAAGUUAGGAAUCUCGUUGUGAUCAAUGAUCUUCAUGCGGGAGAAUACAAUUCAUCAAUUGAAGUAGCAGGAACCUUGAAUUUGAGGAAGCUCUUUGAGUCUGAGAAGAAGAAACUCUUCACUUUCUCACUCCAAUCGCCAAGUCUGAAAGGAACUGAUAAGAAUUUCAAACUUCCUCAGUCUGAAGAUGAGAGGUUCCUUGUGGAAUUUGAUGGAUCUGAUGCAAAUAUCUACCUACUGGAAUCCGAUACAAUCUCUCUGAGGAAUUUCAAAAGGGGCAUAGCAUCUCUGUUUCAGUUUUUCCCAGAAGAUGAACCAAAGACAGAAACUGAUGUCACAGGGCAAUGUUCCCUGGCAUAUGAUGUUCUCUCAGACAGAAAAUUCGUCAAAAGGAAGAUAAGAUGCAGCACUGAUAAUGAAGACACUUAUCACAGAAGAGAAUCUCCCCUGGGAGUCAUGAUUCCAAAUGCCAGGAAUACUGAAUAUCAUUUAGAUGUGGCUGGAUCAAUUGAGAGCAUUGAAAAUAUUGAAUUCUUUCGUAUUUCUUUGGCGGGAAAUAAGGAUGUAGGAGCUACAGUUGAUUCUAGAACAUGGCUGAAGUUACUUAGUCAGAAAGAUGUUGAAGGGCAGAGCACAACAUCUUCAUACGAUGACAUCAUUAAAGAGUUCAAAGAUUUUCAAAAAUUUAAAAUAACACACGAACACGAAGAAGCUCCGUAUAAAACGGAAAAGUCCGAAACCAUCAUUCAGUUGGUGAAGAAGUUGAAGAACGAUCUGGCCAACAGCAAUAUCGGGACUGAAAAGCUAUCCUACGCCACACUGAAGUUAGUUGAGGCUGCUCGGAGGGCAAAGGAAGAGGAUCUCGUUAGAAUUCUCAAUGCAAAAACUACCAAGGAGAUCAGAGGACAACUCAUGGACGUUUUGGGAGCUACCCAAACUCUUGCAGCUCACAAUGCCGUGAAGAAAGUUCUGGAAUUUAGUAAAUUAGCUGACUUUGCUUACGUUGAGAGAUAUCUACAAUCCCUGGCUUGCGGAAAUCAACCAAAGGCUGAGGUAAUUGAAGAUUUGCUGGAAAUGCUCAAAAAUGAUGAUCAUGAGAAUCAAAAGUUGACUGAGAGUCUUAUCCAAAGUAUCUCAUCAAUGGCUAGUAACUUUGCAGCUCUCGAUGGUCAAAGUGAAAAUUCCCAAAUCUUCAGAGAAGUUCUGAAAUUCUUCACAAAAAUCAUCGAGACGACAUCGAAAUCCCAAAGAAAAAUUCAGUUUCUGCAUGGAUUGAUGAAUCUCAAAUCUGCAGAAACUAUCCCGAUCUUAAUGGACUUAGUCCUGAAUGGUCCUAGAGCGAUUUCUGUUGAAGCUAUGAAAUCUCUUGUAACUAUGCCUAGGGAAUAUUUUAAUUUAGACUAUGUGAAGCACUUUGAACAAAUUUAUCAUCAAAAACGAAAAAGAUUUGACUCCAGUGUCAGGACAAUGGCUAUGGAAAUCCUUCUGGAUCCCCUGUUUUACCAAUCUUCGUUGAAGAAUAUGAUCUACUCUCUGAAAUCUACGGAUAAUUCGUAUGAAGUAAGGCAAUACUUCCUUCAGAGAUUGAGGAUGGAAUCUGAAAAUUCUGCAGAAUUCAGAAAAUUUGCCAAUGAUAUUAUUCAAGAGGAUCCAACACUCAACAAUUACCAUGUAAUUGGAGCAAAGGGACUAUCAACAGCUCUCUCUCGAAAGUUCCUAAUGCCGCCUUCAUUCAACAGCACCUUGCUCAGUGUCCAGGAGAUUGAUAAGGGAAUCCUGAAGCGAGGAGUAGUUGACAUGAUCUUUGAGACUGACAAAAGCAAAUUCAGUUACUUCAAGAUUGGACUGUACGCUGAUGGCCUGUCAUCAUUCAUGGGAAGCUCGGAUUCAGAGUCAGAAGAAAGUUCAGAAGAUCAACCUGAUCCAACAGCCGGAAUGGAACUUGUUGUCCAAGGAAACUACUUGAGGCCUCUGGAGUUCUUCAAGGGCCAAGGUGAACUGAUGGGUCACGUAUGGAGUGGAACUGCUUCUGAAUUGACUCCUGCCUACCAGGCCACAACCCUCCUUCAUGAUCACAGGGAAGUGAUCUGGCUACAGAAUGGAUUACCUGUUACAGUUGACGUCAUGGGAGCGAUGUCAAUUAAUCUGAAUGGACAAGUAUCAAUUAGCAUUUGGAACAGAAACGCUAAAUCCCGUGUUCUCCAGGAAAUCGGCUUUACCCUGGCCGGAAGAGUGUCCAUUAGCAAUGAAUAUGCUGAAGUGGCAAAUGUCUUUGAAAUGCAUCAGGAGCCAAAACUCGAUUUAGUGUCUGAUAUUGACUUCUCCGGAGAUCCUCUGCUAUGCAUGCAACUCACGCAACCAAAUUCUAUUCUCAAAUUGACACACACCAAGACUGAAGAUGUCCAAGGUCUCAAGAGGAAAUUCAAGCAUGAAUCACGGAUUAAACACAAAAUUCCUGGAUACACUCACUUCUUAAAUAGGAAAAACAAUGAAAUUUGCAACCAAAUUCAUUCUUAGGAAAUUAUCUCUCUUAAAACUAAACAAAUUAAAAAAAAAAUGUUGCAUCGGAGCAUUUGAUCAAACUUCAAGGAAUAAUAUCAUUUGUAUAUUUUGUAAAAGAAAUAAUUUGUAAUAAAUAGGUAAGAAAUUGGUGUGAUGAAUUGAUUUGAAAGAUUCCGGUGAUCACCACUGAGAUUUUUCUUCACCUCAAGACUAAAAACGCCUUUUCAAUCAUGCCCAGAGCUUUCAGUCCGGAUAUGUAGCCACUGAAGAAGGUCUAUAUCCGGACCGAAAGCUCUGGGCAAUAUUAAAAAGGUAUUUUUAGUCUUCAAAUGAAGAAGAAUCUCACCGGUGAUCUCCAGAAUCUUCCAAAUUAAUUUGUAAUAUUGUUAAUGAUGUUAAAUCUAAAGUUGAUUUAAGCGUUAUCAUUAAAACAAGUCAAACAAAUUAUGAUCUUCAUGAAAAAAUUAAAAUGAACAAAUAUGUAAACAAAUGUUGUGAAUAAAUCCUUAUGAUAAGAAUAAUGAAGUAA